CAGCGAAAUUGUUUCAGUAAUCUUCGACGACAGGGAACAUUACUAUCUACGCUUGUAAGAUACUAUACGAAAAAUAAACGUCGCGUUUAUACACUUUUUUAAUAAUAAUUCUAUCUCCAAUAAUAAAUUUAAUUCAAAUAUAACACCACAGAGUGUGUGUAUUUUUUUUGGACCGUGUGAAAUAUACGCAUGUUAUACGUCAAUAAACCAACGACGGUGGCUCGCGUGGAAGAUGAUGGGGUUAAGUAGAUAAAAAAGAAAAUAAAAAUAAAGGAAAAAAAAAUAAGAAAGAACGAGAAAGAGAGAGAGAGAGAGGGAGAAAGAAGGAGCGUGCAUGAGAUAGUGUGGGAAGAAAAACGAGAAAAAGAGGAAUAGAAGCAUAUCUUUCCUACAAAAAACCCCACCCACCCUCAACCCUUUCAUUAAAAGACACCAUAAAGACGAGAGAGAAUCAUCAGUAGUUGAUUCUGAUUGGCGCACGAUGCUCUGCUAUCGAGCUCUUGUCUUCCUUUUUGCUGUCAACGUGCCAAUCGUGACAGGGCUAGAGCCAGACUUCAGUUUCCCGUUGCAGAACGUAACGAUUCCGCAGGGUCGAGACGCUACCUUCACUUGCGUGGUUAACAACCUAGGUGGAUACCGGGUGAGUCCUUCCUCCUCCACGAGCGGAGAUCACUCUGGCGGCGCCAAGGCCCGGGUAGCGUGGAUCAAGGCGGAUACCAAGGCGAUCUUAGCAAUUCACGAACACGUCAUCACGAAUAACGCUCGUCUAUCUGUCACGCACAAUGAUCAAAACACCUGGACGUUGAAUAUACGAGGAGCCAGGAAGGAGGAUGGAGGGGUUUACAUGUGCCAAGUUAACACCAAUCCUAUGAAAAGUCAGAGCGCCUUUCUCGAAGUAGUAAUACCACCGGACAUCAUAUCCGAGGAAACGUCCAACGAUUUAAUGGUUCCGGAAGGUGGUUCAGCUAAGCUGGUAUGUAAGGCUAGAGGAUAUCCGAAACCAGAGAUCGUUUGGAAACGAGAGGAUGGUUCCGAGAUAAUAUCUCGUGGUGGUUCGACUGGCGGCAGAACGAAAACACCAACGGCAGUAGGCGAGCUUCUAGUUUUAUCAAAAAUAACUAGAAGCGAAAUGGGUGCAUAUCUUUGUAUAGCGAGCAACGGAGUACCACCCUCGGUUAGCAAACGAAUAAUGUUGCACGUACAUUUUCAUCCGAUGGUUCAAGUACCGAACCAACUUGUUGGAGCUCCAACUGCAACUAACGUCACGCUGGUCUGCCACGUAGAAGCAUCACCAAAAGCCAUUAAUUAUUGGACUCGCGAAUCGGGUGAAAUGAUCAUAAGUAACAGCAAGUAUUCGAUGUCGGAGACAAAGACGUCAUCGUAUAGCGUGCAAAUGAAAUUAAUAAUAAUGAAUCUACAGAAACAAGAUUACGGUGGUUACAGGUGCAUCUCGAAAAACUCGAUCGGAGACGCCGAGGGUAGCAUCGGACUUUACUUUCUGGAGUUACCGAAACAUUCGAAAAAAAUAGGCGACCGUCGUGGCGGGGACGAGAACAUGAACGAAUCGAUGAACGAACGGGAUCACAGGAUCCAUCAUAUUUAUCAGGGUUCACUCAGGGAACCUGGUUCAACUAUGGACCCGUCCGCCGUUGGAGGAGAAGAUUCAGCUUCGUCAACUUUCUCGCCACCGGAAAGAUGCUCGGCAAUCAUUUUAUGGAUCUUCCUUCAUCUUGUUACUAAUCGAAUACUCGUAUCAUCUAUGUAAAUAAUAAUCCCCCGAAUUUUUUAUUUUGAUCUCGAUACGCAAAUUUAUCAUGGUGUGGGGGAUAGAAGAAUAUGUUUUUGUAUGAGUGAGAACAAAAAUUUGCUUUUAGAUUAAUUUGAAUUUUCAAACAGUUAACAACUUUAACGCGUGAACACAUUUGCAUUAUUGAUGAUGUGCAAGUUAUAUUUAAUAAUUAAAUCGUUUAUUAUGUUGUUGUUAUUGUUGUUGUUGUUGUUGUUGUCGUCGUCUUCGAGAAAUCACGAAUUUGUUUUUUUUUUAUUUUUUGUUCUUGUUCUUGAUUCUGAUAAAAGGAGUAAAGUAUGUGGAUUAAUAUGAUUAUUGUAUUAUUCGAUAUGAAUUAUUUUUAAAAUAUUACGAUUUUAUAUAUUAAGAAUAUAUACAAUUUGUUAUUUGGUAUAUAUAAUGAUUAUUUUCAUUUGUUAUUCUUUAAUUUGUUAUUCAUCAUAGUUUAUAAUCUUUUAGAAUUCACGAAAAUUGGAUUGUAUUAAUGAUUAUUUAUUUAUUCGUUAUAAUUAAUUAUUCGAAUAAUUAUUUAUACUAUUAAGUUUAUACAUUUCUCAACACACAGCGUUUGCUGUUAAUAUUAUAUAUACUUGGCUUUUAUAGAAAUUAAUUAUUUUUAUAUUAAUUAUUUAAAAUCGUUUUUAGAGUAUUUUGAACAAAUCGCUAAUAUUUAUUAUCUAUUUUAUUUUAACGAUUAUUGAGUGAUUUAAUAACAAAUGAAUCGAUCAAUUGUUUGUCUCAUUACGAUUACAAAAUGACAAGGAAAUUAGAUAUUGCGAACAGAUUUCAUUGAAAUUCAUUAUUCGUUUAUUAAUUAUAUUUGCAGGGGAAAAAAUCGAUUAAUCACGUCGCGUAUAAAUUCAAUGUUCUAUUAUCA